AUAACCGAAAGAUGGGUCCCACUCCUCAGAAUUGAAACACGUGUUUCUUCUGAAAAGAUGCGGGACACGUAUCAUAUAAUUUCUGUCAGAGAGUUCAAAUCCGUAGUUGCCAACGGCUAGUAGAGCUGUCGAAGGAGAUUCCGGUGGAAUUUGGCGGAAAAUUCUCAUUUUGCCCCUAAUAAAUGGAGAAAAAUCUCAUAAAUCUCCUUCAUGCCACUCUACAUCUCAAGCAAUUCAAGCAAAUCCACGCCCUGGUCCUCACCAAAAAUCUCAAUCUCACUGCAUUUUUUCUCAAAAGGCUCUUGAAUCUCUCAUUCAUAGACUACGCCCGUAAGGUGUUCGAUGGAAUUCCUCACCCAGACCAAAACCUCUAUAGUUCCGUCAUCUCAACCUACUUUAGAUUGUCUUUGAAUAAGGAAGUUGUCGAUACCUUCUUUCUAAUGCACCACAAGCAAACACAGAUCAUAUAUUUCGCAGUUCCGCAUGUUCUCAAAUCAUGCGCUUCCUUGUCGGCAACCGCGGAAGGAAGACAAGUACAUUCUCUUGUUAUAAGAUACGGGUUCGGUUUCAAUGUCUUUAUUCAGACAGGUUUGAUUGAUUUCUAUGCGAAAACAGGAGAUUUGGAUUCUGCUAAACAGGUCUUUGAUGAGAUUUUGGUUAAGGAUCCUGUUGCUUAUAAUUGUUUGAUAUCUGGGUACUCUAAAUCUGGAAGGGUUUUAGAGGCACGUCAUCUCUUCGAUGAAAUGCCUGCCAGAACUAUUGUUUCAUGGAAUUCGAUGAUUUCGUGCUACACGCAUAAUGGGGAUUUGAUGGAAGGGUUGAGAAUGUUUGAACUGAUGCAAAUUGAGGGUGUUAAUCCAAAUGAGAAUACCUUGGGGACAGUUCUAUCCAUAUGUGCCAAAUUGGGUGAUUUGGAAAUGGGCUUGAAGGUUAAGAAAUUCAUUGAUGAUAAUAAUUUGCAAAGAAAUUUGAUUUUGUCAACUGCAAUAUUGGAAAUGUAUGUAAAAUGUGGGGCUGUUGAUGAUGCGCGCCAAGAGUUCGAUCAAAUGGAUCGAAGAGAUGUCGUUGCAUGGAGUGCCAUGAUUGCUGGUUAUGCUCAAAAUGGGAGAUCAAAUGAGGCUCUGGAGCUCUUCGAACAAAUGAAAAUGCAAAAAAUUAAGCCGAAUGAUAUCACGCUUGUAAGCAUUUUGUCUGCUUGUGGUCAAUUGGGGUCAGUGGAAGCCGGCGAGCGUAUAGGCAACUACAUUGAGAGUCAGGGCUUCAGUUUUAAUGUAUAUGUUGGUUCCGCCCUAUUGGACAUGUACGCUAAAUGUGGAAACAUUAGAAAAGCUCGUCAAGUCUUUGAUGAGAUGCCCAAGAGAGAUGUCGUUUCUUGGAACUCAAUGAUUGGGGGGCUAGCAGUUAAUGGGUUUGCAAUGGAAGCAAUUGAUCUUUAUGUUAAGAUGAAGGAAACGGGUGUCAAGCCCAAUGAUAUAACAUUUGUUGCAUUGUUAACAGCAUGCACCCACGCAGGACUUGUUGAAUUGGGAUGUGGGUUCUUUGAAAGCAUAAGAUCGGAUCACAAAAUAGCACCAAAGGUUGAGCAUUAUGCUUGCAUUGUGGAUCUUUUCUGUAAAUCGGGUCGACUGGUUGAGGCGUAUGAGUUUAUUUGUAAGAUGGAAGUGGAGCCUAAUGUUGUUAUAUGGGGCACCUUAUUGAGUGCAUGUCGAAUUCAUUCAAAUUUAGAGCUUGCUGAGCGGGCGGUUGAGAAGCUACUAGUAUUAGAGCCCGAGAAUUCUGGUAAUUAUGUUCUUCUUUCUAAUAUGUAUGCUGGUGCAGGGAGAUGGGAGGAGUCCUUGAAAACAAGGGUCUUGAUGAGAGAGAAAAGGGUGCAAAAAACAGCUGCUUAUAGUUGGAUAGAAGUGGAGGAUAGGGUACACAAGUUUCUAGUUGGAGAUUCGUCUCAUCAGAGGUCUGAUGAGAUAUAUACUGUUGUUAAUGGGUUGAGCUUGCAGUUGAAGUCAGCUGGUUAUGCUCUGAAUUCAGAUUUUGAGUUUUCAUAGCAUUUUUAGUAGAAGAUAUGCAGAUGCUUCUCUUACCAGAUUGCAGAUAAUUCGAACUAUAUUCUUGAGUGCAUUUGAAGACUCUGUAAUGGGGAUGCUUCUGUUUGGUACACCACAACGGCACAACAUAAGACAUCCAUCUUCCCUUUACCAUCCAGUUCUCAUCUACAUUGAUUUGUAAGCACCUAAGGAGGUGAUUGCUGUAGACUUGGAAUGCUGACUUGGACUCAUACGGGCCCACAUGAUAGCAUAUCAAUUUCAUGUGUUGAGAGGCCAAUUGGUUCGA